AUGCGGGUCCUUCCAACUUUUGGUGGCCUUCUUGUUGCGCUGCAGCUUGUAGCUGCUGUUCAUCUCGACCAGCUCGAUUCGGUCCGAUUCGCCAAAGUGCGACGAACGGUCUCCGGCCCGCCGAAGGAGGACCUGAAGCGACGUGCAAUCGAGGAAAUCGUGCCUGGAGUCCGGGAGCUCGUCGAAAAGUUCGAAGGACAGACCGGUGCAAAGUCGCAGGCCGAGUUCAUGGCACAGCUGAAGCAGCUUGUUCAAGGCUCUGACCAAGCUGCGAGCUCCAAGGGCAAGGAGGUGAUGAACCACUACCAGGCGGGAACAAGCAAUGUGCCCUCGCGCACAUUCACUCACCCUGCCGAGGGCGAAGCUUUGGUCAACCCCAGAUUUUCCGAGCAUGACAAGCUUCUGAACAAGCACGUUGAAGCCCUGGACGGCCAAGCGCACACGCUCAACGUUCACGAGCAAGUGCUGCUCAAGAGCAUGGAAGGCCUCGACACCCUCAACGGCAGGCUGACAGCCGUGGAAGCGUCCAAGGAAAAGCUUCUCGAGGCUCAGAAGACAGGGAACCGUGCCCUCAAGUGGGGUGUCGGAACAGCUCUGGGUACGGCUACGCUGGCCGGAGGUGCCAGUGCCCUGUACGCACAAGGCUCAAAGGAUCACAUCAACGCAUUGUCCGACACUGUCGCACAGCAGCAAGCCGAGAUCGAGAAGCUCAAGGCAGCGAGUGCCGGCGAAGCACCGGCAGGUGCGGGUACCCAGGCUGGAACCAGCACCUCGGGCGGGCUCGUUUGA